AUGCGUCCAAGGAAGUUCAAGUACUGCUACUCAGGCCAGAUGCAGAGCCAGAGCAGCCACAACACGGUCCACCUUCUGCUAUUCUGGGAAUACCCUUUAUCCCCGGGGGCCAACACGAGCCUGGCUUGUCACAACUGCCCGUUUCACAAACGGAGAGCCGGCUUCUGGAGGGGCACACCGCGUCCUCCACCCCGUCCCGGGCCGGCAGCGAGGGGGCGCCCGGGGGAGCGCGGGGGUCGGGGGUGGCGUCGCUGGGCCGCGGCCAGGGAUGAGCUCAGCGGCCCGUCGGGUGUUGCCGGCAGGUUGCAUCAGACGCUAAGCGGGGCCACCGCCCGCGCCGCGGGCCGCCCUGGGCCUUCCCGGCGAGCUGGCCGCCUCAGGCCGGGCUGGGUCUCCUCGCGCCGGGUCCGCGCCCACGCGAGCGGCCGGCUGCGCCGCGGCCUCCACCUUCUCCUCCCUCAGCCCGCCCGCCCGCGGCUUCCUUACCUGCGCCUCCAGACCGCCUGUGCCCAGGCGGCCUCCACUUCGAGCGGCCCCGCGCGGCGCGGCCCAACCCGACCCAGGCCUCGCAGCCCGCGAGUCAGCGAGGAGGAGCGACGGUUACGAAACCGGCAGCCUCCGCCCGUUCCGCCGCCACCGGCUACCCCUCUUCGCCGGGCCCUCGCACGCUGCCGCCGCCGCCACGACCAAUGGGAGCGCCGGCCUGUGGACGGCGUGCCCUCCCCUCGCGACGAGCGGCGCCGCCAGCCAAUCCCGCCCACCGGACUCGCCUCCCGGGACGUGGGGCGCGCGGCCGACGCCGGGCAGCGCCCAUCGGAUGGAGCCUGAGGGAAGUCCUGGACCUCUCACUGCAGCGGAGCAAACUGCAAACUUGUUGAAAAACGACUGAAGCAAAAGUUUUCCAGCCUAGUAGGUUAGUAUUGAUAUCACAUUGGCGAACACCGCAAACUGUAGCUCGUUGUUAAGGGAAAACGAAUUGAAUUUCCACGAUCGAUUUCCGUGUGGUGUCUUGCAGGUGAGACUGAGAGAUGUGAUCUCAAAAAGUGAAAGGCAAUCCAAUCCGGGUGUAUUUAUCUAAAACAAUUCACAGGAGGAUCCGAAAGCGUUUUAAGACCAGGAAGCAGCGCGCUCAGUGGAGGACAAGAGCCCGCCCGAUAGGUUUGAUUGCUUCCUCUUUAGCAACCUUAUCGUCCAAAAAAUACAGAGUCUUUGAAAGGGGAAACAUUUCUUCAUCGCCAUGGCACCAGCUCUCCGCAAUAGGACUGUUUCGAGGAAUCAGUAGUAAACAGAUGAUAAAACAUUUGCAAAAAACAGAUUAAAAAAUAAACAUAAAAAGGGAUACAACUAAAAUUGAAGCACACUUGGUAGAAUGGCACAAUAUCAUCAAAACGUUUUGGCCCUCUGUGUUGUCAACUGAAAUUUCUUUGAUCAAGAUUUUAGCACUAUUAAAAUGGGACUGUAUUUUAUUACUCACAAAAUAAUAAUUUUACCCUCAACAUUCACUAAUCACUUAAAAAUUGUGUAGGUGUAUUAAUUUAUCCUCUGAUUUUACCAACCCUCUGCCAAGGUGCUUCAGCACUCUCUGUGUCUCCCUGGGCAGGGCUUCUUCUCCACUCAGCAGGCAUAGUCAAUGCCAAGGAGACUAUUUCCUCUUCAGCUGGUAGCUGGUAAUUCUACCCAGUUCACAAAUAUUUAUUUGGCACUAACUAUGUGCUAAGCUGUGAGCUAAGAGCUGGGGAUGUAGCAAUGAACAAGACAACUACUACCCCUGCCCACAUGGAGCUUACACCAGAGACAGAGACAUAUUCAGUAAUAAGACAAUUUUUCUGUUAGCAUUUUCAUAGAUACUACAAGAAGGAAGUACAAGAUGCUGUGAACAAUUAUAAAGAAGAAAACCAAACUUGGUCUGUGGGUCUGGGAAGGCCUAAAAGAUGAAUAGAAUUUGGCUAGGUGGCACUGAUAAAGUGGCUGUGUCUGUGAGAGGGAAUGUCUUAUCUAAAGAUCUUGUGAUGGGAGAAAUAUAAGGCUAAAGCACAAUGCCCCAGUGGAGACCUGUGAGGUACACAGGGACUUGUGGCCUAAGAAUGGCUCUGAUUUUUACCCAGAGAUGUGAAGCCUCAAAUUUGCUCUCACCAUAAGGAAAUGAGAGCCUAGUAGGGGCUGUCUGUGCCUUAAAGAGAUCCACCAUGUUACUUUAUUGCAAGUCAAAGGAUUUAGGCUUACACGUAUGCAAGAGACCUAAACGGUCAUAGAAGAAAACUUCACUGCAUAGAUCUUUGCCUCAUUGAUACCCAAUAGGUAUUCUACAAAUCCAAAGAAUUUUGUAAAUAAAUACUACAUUAAAA